AUGGUGUACAGUUCAGAGUUUGGUGCUUACUGGGACGGAGAUGAUUCAGACAAAAAACCAAAUACCAAGGAUUCUCCCGACAGCAAAGGAAUCAAUGAUCCUGAAUUUGGUGCUUAUGGGUACGAUGAUUCAUACGCAAAAUCCAACACUAAGGAUUCACCCGACAAUAAAGGAAUCAAUGAUCCUGAAUUUGGUAAUUAUGCGUACGAUGAUUCAUACGCAAAACCCAAAACUGAAGAUAAUUCAGACAAAAAUUCCAACACCGAGGAUUCUUUAGUAAACAAAGGAGUGAACGAUCCUGGAUUUGGUGAUUUUGGGUAUCAGUACACAAAAUCCAAAAGUGAAGAUGAUUUAGAUUCUGGAUUUGGUGAUUUUGGAUAUCAAUACACAAAAUCCAAAACUCAGUAUAAUUCAAACAAAGGAUACGACACUGAGAAAUUGCCCGUAAACAGAAAAGCUUUACGAGGCCAUGAAAAUACAGCAAUAAAGGAGACCAUUUAUUUCUUUCAAGAGACUCUUCUUCCUGGCACGAAAGUAAACCUACCAAGAAUCCUACAGAAGAGUCCCAUGGCCACAUUCUUGCCUCGGCAAAUUGAGGAAUCACUGGCGCCGAUGUCGAACGACAAAUUACCUGAGAUCUUAAACAACUUCUCGUUGAAAGCCGAAUCAAAGGGUGCGGUUUACGUGGAAGUAGCGGUGAAGAAUUGCGAAAGAGACGAAAUGAAAGGCGAAGCCAAAUACUGCGCUUCAUCGCUAGAGUCCUUUGUGGAUUUGGGUGUUUCGGUGCUGGGAAAAAACAUCCGGUUGCUGUGGCAUGAGCUUGCGGAAGAAACCAAGAACCCAAUGUUUACAAUCGGCCACGGAGUUGGACACAUGGGAGGGAACAGUGUAGUUUGCCAUAAGAUGAAGUACCCAUACGCGGUGUAUUUAUGCCACUCCAUCGAGAAAACCGAGGUGUUUAAAGUUCCGUUGGUGAGCGAGGAUGGGACAAAGGCUAACGCAAUGGCGGUUUGUCACAAAGAUACGUCGUUUUGGAGUCCUAAUCAUUUGGCCUUUAAGAUUCUUAAGAUUAAGCCAGGAACUGUCCCCAUUUGCCAUUUCCUUGGCCGUGAUACCCUCGUCUGGAUUCCCAACUGA